ACGGACGAGCAAGCGGGACGUCUUUCCUAGCCGCCCUUCACGUGUUUUUUCUUCCUCCCCUUAAAUCCACAUUUUGCGUGCAAAGCGAAGUUGCGCACGUAAAAAAAAAAAAAAAAAAAAGCGCCGAGCGAAGACGCGCACCAAACCAAAAAGGAGAAAGCAAGCAGAAGGAGGCACAAGAGUGGUUAUGGAUACGUGCUCGCGGAUUCUCCUGCUGCUCCUGCUGCUGCACUCCGCUGCCGUCUUGUCCCUGUCCACACAUGUGGCAUUGGUGUACCCCCAGGACCCCGUCCUCCGCGUGGGCUCCAACCUGACGGCCAGUUGCUGGGUGCCACCGGACGCCGGCGUCCACGCCAGUUCGCUGUACUGGACGCUCAACGGCCAGCGGCUGCCCGCCUCCACGUACCGAACGCUGAGCCCCAGCAACCUCAGCGUGACGCUCAGCGGCCUCAACGCCUCGCGGCAGACGUCCGGCGAUAAUCUGGUGUGCCACAACCACAAGGGUCACAUCCUGGCCGGCUCUUGCAUCUAUGUCGGAAUGCCUCCGGAGAAGCCUCUCAAUUUGACGUGCUGGUCUCGGAACACCAAAGACCUGACGUGCAGCUGGGCGCCGGGAGGGAAGGGGGAGACCAGCAUUAGCACCCAGUACUUGCUCAAGUACAAGCUCAGGUGGUACGGAAAGGAGAAGGAGUGCGAGGAGUACACUCACAUUCAGCCAUACUCAUGCAGCAUCACUCGCGACCUGCACCUCUUCACCCCCUACGAGAUUUGGGUGGAGGCCUCCAAUCAGCUGGGCCGCGCCUCCUCCGACGUUAUCAUGUUGGACAUUCUCGACGUGGUGACCACGGACCCUCCGUCAGGGGUGACGGUGAGUCGCGUGGGGCAGUUGGAGGACCAGCUGAGCGUUCGCUGGGAGGCCCCGCCGGCACUCAAGGACUUCCUGUUCCAGGCCAAGUACCAAAUCCGUUACCGUCUGGAGGACAGCCAAGACUGGAAGGUGAUGGAUGACGUCGGCAACCAGACGUCUUGCAGGCUGGCGGGACUCAGACCUGGAACUGUGUAUUUUGUGCAGGUCCGCUGUAACCCGGUGGGCAUCUACGGUUCCCGCAAAGCUGGAAUCUGGAGUGAGUGGAGUCAUCCCACUGCUGCGUCCACACCACACAGUGAGCGGGCGGCGUCAGGCUCGUGCGACCCCAAGUCGAGCGGCGACUCCAACUCGACGCUGCGCCGCGAGCUGAAGCAGUUCUUCGGCUGGGCGCGCAAACACGCCUACGGCUGCAGCAGCAUGUCCAUGAAGCUCUACGACCAGUGGCGGGUGCUCAUGCAGAAGUCGCACAAAGCACGCAACCAGGUAGGUUCUCCAAGGGGAUAAAUCAUAGCACAUGCGCAGUGGAAAAA